AUGCCUAGGCCCCCUUCCUGCCGGGCCUCUUCCGCCCCUUACUUCGCUUCGUCACUCGGAAGUCGCCGUCAACCCGAGACUUGUGUCUCAUCGCGCGGACAGCAGCAGGGAUGUGUAAUGCUGCCUCAAAAUCGAACCCACCUGAGCAACUUGCGCAUGGGCACCAUGUUUUACAUGUGCCCUGCAGUAGUCAUGAAGGGGCAAGUCGGGCCGCCAUCAGACGUGUUCUCGCUGGGUGUGAUGCUAUGGGAGCUCUACCACGGCCGCCGCGCCGGCAUCCGCACCGACCAAGGCCCCCGGUAUAGCAGCAUCUUCCCCGCCUUCCCACCCUCGUGCCCGGAGACCUACCGGGCAGUGGCGCUUCAUUGCUUGCAACGUCAGCCCCAAAACAGGCCGCCAGCGAUCCUUGUGGAGGCGCACCUGGAGCGCCUCAUGGCCGCCGUCGCGACGGCAGUGCCGCUGGGCUCUCUAGCGACAGGGGCAGCAGGGGACUCCUUCACGGGGUCAAGUAUGCUGCCGUCGACGCAAGGUCACGGAGCCGGGGCCAGCAGUGCGUAA